AUGGCCGGCGCCCCGGAUUUGCGCCGGCAGGUUGGGUCGCCGAGGCCCAAGGGACGUGCAGAUAGAGACACCCCGUGCAAGAACAUCCUGAUAUAUGGCAAAUGCCGCUAUGAAAACGCAGGCUGCAGUUUCAACCACGACGACCCGAGGACUAGCCACGCAAGCAGCAGCUCCGAGAACGCCAAGAAGGCCCUCAAUGGGGACUCUCCCUCCUUCACCCCCUCGAGCCUAUCAUCGCAGCCCGCAAAGAAGUCCUCGUUGCCCUCUCAGGCCGCCAGCGCCGCCGUGUUCACUCCCAGGGGCGUCGGGGCUGCCACACCCUCCAACAACCCCGAACCCGAACGUCUGUUCAACCCGGCCGCUAUCAAGGAGUUUACUCCUCAAAACAACUAUGAUCUCGCGAGCGCCAGCGCUGCCGCCGUGACUCCAGACGCUGGCAUCGCGCCCUUCGAUCCCUUCUCGACCCCGAUCGCUCCCGCUCAGUACAACCCGUAUGCUAAUGACCACACGACGUUGGCUGGGUCCUCGGCGAAUGCAUAUUACCAGGGGCAAGCGGGAUACGCCACUCCGCUGCAGCCACCUCCCUACCAUCUAUAUGCCAAUAUUGGCCCUUAUCGGGAAGACUUACUACCAUACCAACGCCAGACGCGCGACUUCUUCAUGCCAGAUGAUCUUAGGGAGGAUCUGCAGAGGAAGUCACACGCUGCCCUCCAAGUCAUACCUAGUACAAUUCAGUUGGAAAACUUUCACUCCCUCGUGCCCCUAGACAAACUCGACACGCCACAUAGGAAGAGCACAAGCAUUUUUGGAUGGACAAGCUGGUUGUUCAAGGCAUUCUCUGCAAAGACAGGGCGGGUUUACUGCCUUAGAAGGAUUCAGGACUACCGUCUCGGCGACCGAGAAGCCACCCAGGCCAUCGAGACCAUCAAGAAGUGGAAACAAAUCAACAACGCCAAUGUCGUCUUCGUUCAUGAUGCAUUCACCACCUCCGCAUUCGGUGACAGGUCGCUCGUUUUUGCUCAGGACUACUUCCCACUGGCACAAACACUUGCCGAGGUGCAUCUCACCCCACAACCGCAGAAGGACCACCGGUUCCGGGGUCCAGCUACUCCGCCCAAGAUACCAGAGUCUGUUAUAUGGUCAUAUGUUGUCCAAAUCGCGAACGCGCUUCGAACCAUACAUGCGAGAGAUCUGUCCGCCAGAUGUCUUGACCCCAGCAAGAUCAUACUUACCGAGAAGAACAGGAUACGGCUCACAGCGUGUGCGAUCCUCGACGUAGUCCAAUAUCAGGGCCAUCGGUCAACCAAGGAGCACCAGCAAGACGAUUUCGUCCAGUUGGGGAAGCUGAUCCUCUGCCUAGGGGCCGGGAAACUCCCCGGCCAGCUCGUCGACGUCAACGCCGAGAUGGCCACCAUAGCGAGAAAAUACCCGUCUGGUCCGAAGGGCGAGUCGGCGCUUAGAGAUCUUGUCGGCUGGCUCCUGACACCGGGUGAGAAGCUCGCCGAUCAACUCAUCACGGGUAUGCCGCACCACGUGAUCGAGAACCUGGAUAAGAACCUACAGCACACAGAUGCCCUGAAUUCAGAGUUGCAGAGGGAACUCGAGAACGGACGGCUAGUGCGGCUAUUGAUGAAGAUGGGCAUGGUCAACGAGAGGCAGGAAUUCGACAACGACCCCGGGUGGAGCGAGAACGGCGAGCGCUACACGCUCAAAUUGUUCCGCGACUACGUCUUCCACCGUGUCGACGAGGCUGGCCGGCCCGUCUUCGACAUGGGUCACAUGGUGUCGUGCCUCAACAAGCUCGACGCUGGCGCCGCCGAGCGCGUGCGCCUCACUAGCAGGAGUGGCGAGACCGACUUUAUCAUCACGUAUGCCGAGCUCAAGAAGCAGCUCAACGGCGCGUUUGCCGACCUGAUGAAGCAUAACAGGCGGGCCUAG